AUGGGAGUUGUCACUGUUGGAGAACUGAAGCCCAGCAUUUCAGGGAAGAGGACCUUUCGUCCAAGUUCAAGCAUAAGACAUGCCACUGAAUGGCCCAUAUCUGAUGUCUCCAGUGAUCUUACCAUUGAAGUUGGAGCCUCAAGCUUUUCACUUCACAAGUUUCCACUGGUUUCUCGGAGUGGAAGAAUUAGGAAACUACUGUUAGAAGCAAAAGAUUCUAAAGUUUCACGCAUUAGUCUCCCAAAUGUGCCAGGAGGUGCAGAGGCAUUUGAGCUUGCUGCCAAAUUCUGUUAUGGGAUCAAUGUUGAGUUCACCCUCUCCAAUGUUGCUAUGCUAAAAUGUGUAGCACAUUUUCUACAAAUGACAGAAGAGUUUGCAGAGAAAAACUUAGAGACAAGAGCUGAAGCAUAUUUAAAUGACACAGUGCUUCCAAAUAUAUCAAGCACAAUAUCAGUUCUUCACCGUUGUGAAACUCUUCUUCCCAUUUCGGAAGAGAUCAACCUUGUUAGCAGGCUAAUCAAUGCAAUUGCAAACAAUGCAUGCAAAGAACAACUUACCUCUGGUUUGCAAAAACUUGACCAUAACUUUCCGUCUAAAACCAUAUCAAACAUGGAACCUGAAACACCCUCAGAAUGGUGGGGAAAAUCUCUCAACGUUCUUAGUCUUGAUUUCUUCCAAAGAGUUCUAUCUGCAGUGAAAUCAAAGGGGCUAAAACAAGACAUGAUCAGUAAAAUUUUGAUAAACUAUGCACACAGUUCUCUUCAAGGGAUGGUUGUUAGAGACCCUCAAGUAGUCAAAGGAAGUUCACCAGACUUAGAAUUGCAAAAGAAACAAAGGGUCAUUGUUGAAGCCAUAGCUAGCUUAUUACCAACUCAAUCAAGGAAAAGCCCUGUUCCAAUGGCUUUUCUCUCUAGUUUGUUGAAAGCUGCAAUAGCAGCAUCAGCAUCCACUUCUUGCAGAUCGGAUUUGGAGAGAAGGAUUGGCUUACAACUUGACCAGGCAAUUCUUGAAGACAUCCUAAUCCCAAUGAACUCAUAUCAAAACACACACGGCACUAUUUAUGACACAGAUUCCAUUUUGAGGAUAUUUUCCAAUUUUCUAAACUUGGAUGAGGAGGAUGAGGAGGAUAGUCACUUGAGAGAUGAAAGUGAAAUGGUUUAUGACUUUGACAGCCCAGGAUCUCCAAAACAAAGCUCAAUUCUUAAGGUGUCUAAAUUAAUGGACAACUAUCUUGCUGAAGUAGCACUAGACUCAAACUUGUUGCCAUCAAAGUUCAUAUCACUUGCUGAACUACUUCCAGAUCAUGCACGUAUUGUGAGUGAUGGACUCUAUAGAGCUGUUGAUAUCUUUCUUAAGGUUCAUCCAAACAUAAAGGACUCAGAGAGGUACAGACUCUGCAAAACCAUAGAUUGUCAGAAACUGUCUCAAGAAGCAUGCAGCCAUGCAGCACAAAAUGAAAGACUACCAGUGCAAAUGGCAGUUCAAGUUCUAUACUUCGAGCAAAUAAGGCUUCGAAAUGCAAUGAACGGAGGGCACAACCAAUUCUUCUUUGGAGGACUAAAUGGUCAAUUCCCUCAACGUUCAGGAAGUGGUGCAGGAAGUGGAGCCAUUUCCCCCAGAGACAACUAUGCAUCAGUGAGAAGAGAGAACCGAGAGCUCAAACUUGAAGUUGCAAGAAUGAGAAUGAGACUCACUGACUUAGAGAAAGACCAUGUUUCUAUGAAGCAAGAACUAGUAAGGUCCCACCCUGCCAACAAGCUUUUCAAAUCAUUCACCAAAAAACUAUGCAAACUCAAUGCUCUAUUUCGGAUUAAUAGCAUCAAGCCAAAUGGUGCCACGUCUGAGACUCGCUUCCCUUUUCCUAAGAGAAGGCGUCACUCAGUUUCAUGACACUCAAAAAACUCUGUAAUAUAAUAAUGUAUAGUAUGUAUGAAUAUGAUGCAUGCCGUGAUUGUCACUAUUUUCUAGUGGGUAGUUUUAUUUUAUUUUAUUUUAUUUUUUGAGUUUAACAGUUC